AUGACGCUGGAGGAUUUCGAGAAGUCCCUAGCUGAGGAGAAGAAGGAACGCCGCGAGAAAUCCGAUCGACACCGCCAUCAUGAUCGCGAUCGCGAUCGCAGCAGAGAGCGCUCACGACACCAUCGGCACCACCAUCAUCGACGCCAUUCGUCCCGGUCGAGAGAUCGCGAAUCCGACCGCCAUCGGGAGUCGCGGCGCAGCGAAGACAAUGAACAUCGCCACAAACGGUCACGCCGUUCGUCGGAUCAUGGAGACGACGCAGACCAUUCUCACAAACGCCGCCAUCGACGGGAACACAAGGAAGAGUCCGAACCGCUUGCGAAAGACGUGGUGACGGAAGAGGCUCCCCGGUUGAAGAGAGAUGCCUGGAUGGAAGCUCCCUCCGCACUGGAUGUGGAUUAUGUCCAGCGACGAGAUACGACUCGCUUGGAAGAGGAGCCCAAGCCCAAGAUGCUCCAGGCGGACUUCGAGCUUAAGAUUCACCGCAGAGAAUUAAACGAUCAUCUACGCGAUUUAAAAGAUGGGAAGGUGUUGGAGGAACUACAAGAGGAGCCUGCGCAACAUGAGGUGGACUACACCUUUGGCGACGCUGGCUCCCAGUGGAGAAUGACUAAGCUCAAAGCUGUCUAUCGAGAAGCUGAGGAGACGGGCAAAUCGGUGGAGGAGAUUGCUAUCAAUCGUUUUGGCGACCUGCGCUCAUUUGAUGACGCCCGUGAGGAGGAGGCGGAGUUAGACAGGCGCGAGACAUACGGUGAAGGCUACGUUGGAAAAGAGAAACCCUCAGGGGAGCUAUUCCAACAGCGGAAGCUGGACGAAAAUAUCCAUCGGCACUCUCAUGAGCAUCUUCGAAGUCCUGAGAAGGAGCUUGAUGCUAGCGGCCAGGGAAAACCCAUGGAUACUCAGCCGCCAGCGAAUACCACACAGCCGCUGGACCUGACCGCCCUCAAUCGACUCAAGGCACAGAUGAUGAAGGCAAAACUGAAGAAAGCGCCUGAAGCUGCCGAGUUGGAAGAACGCUACAAUGCUGCAGCGGCAGCGAUGUCGAAUCGCAAGGAAUCCGAUGUUGUGGUGCUCGGGGUUAUGGACAAUCGGAUGCUGGCUGGAAAGCGCAAUGAAGUGAAGGCCGUCGAGAACAAGCGCGGCCGGGAGCGUGGAAAGGUGGAAGAGAACGAAGACAUGAGCAUCGAGGAUAUGAUUCAGGAAGAACGGAGGACCCGAACUCAGCAUGGCGGCGAAGGACGACGGCUCGCCGAGCGCAUCGCCAAGGAUGCCAAAUUCGAGAACGAUCUGGAAUAUAUGGAUGACCAAGCUUCCAAGCUGGCACGCCGCGUUCAUCGGUCCGAGAUUGACAUCAAGAACGCUACCAUUAACGAACUCCAGAAAAUGAAUCGUAUCCUCGACAACUGUCCUCUGUGUCACCACGAAGACACGAAUUCGCCUCCGAUUGCCCCUGUGGUGUCGUUGGCAACGCGGGUAUUCCUGACUCUGCCGACAGAACCCGAACUUAAUGAAGGCUGCGCGACCAUUGUUCCGAUUCAGCAUCGUACAAACCUCUUGGAGUGUGACGAUGACGAGUGGGAGGAGAUCCGCAACUUCAUGAAGAGCCUGACACGCAUGUACCACGACCAGGGUCGUGAUGUGAUCUUCUACGAGAACGCAGCCCACCCGGAGCGUAAGAAGCAUGCAUCGAUGGAGGUGGUGCCCUUGCCGUAUAGCCUAGGAGAGACGUCACCCGCCUUCUUCCGCGAGGCCAUUCUGUCCACAGACGCAGAGUGGUCGCAACACCGCAAGCUGAUAGACACACUGGCCAAGGCCAAGCAGGGGUUGGGACGUUCGGCCUUCCGCCGCACGCUGGCGAAGGAGAUGCCCUACUUCCACGUGUGGUUCGAGCUGGAUGGGGGGCUCGGACACAUUGUGGAGGACGACCGACGGUGGCCGCGCGGCGAUCUCUUUGCGCGCGAGGUCAUCGGAGGUAUGCUGGAUGUGGCGCCUGACGUGAUCAAGCGUCAGGGCCGUUGGCAACGAGGAGGAGACCGGCGUGUGGAAGGUUUCAAGAAGCGAUGGCGGAAGUUCGACUGGACGCGGGUGUUGGUGGAGGGCUAG